AGACACGUGUUGCUUCAGUAAUUCCGCCACGAUGCUGCAGCUAUGAUAAUCGCCUCUCAGCUCCGGUGUAGAGACUCUAGGGUCUAGAGAGAGAAGAAAGAAAUUAAGAGACAGCGCUGCGGGUUUGGUAGCUUGGAGGCAGAGGAUGGACGGGGGAGACCAGUGGUAGAUGUUUAAAUGCGCCGGGGAUAUGCAGGACAAGACGAUAAUCAACAGAAUAAUGCUCAGAUUCCGGCCGAUUGCGCCAAAACCAGUCACCGGCGACUCAGCCUCAGGUGAGUCACUCGGUGGUUAUAAGAACUCAAUUGUUAGUAGCAGAAGAAAGAAGAGAAAGUACGUUAGAGUUUCGAAAAAUUGCAGGAACAGUGGAAAGAAGAUUAGUAAAAGAGUCUCUGAUCAAGGAACCGGAGAUGGUCCAACCAACAAAGAAACGAUACUACCGUUGAUGCCGGAGAAAGCUGAUCUAGAUGGAACGGCUGGAGUUUCCAGUGUUCCAGGAGAUCUGGAACAACCCAUGAACUUGAGCUUGAAGACAAAUAUACCGGUCACUGAUGAGGUGGCGGGGACUAGGGUGGCAGAUCGGACGGUAGUGGAGUCGUGGGUGACGGUCGAGAGCGUCACAGACACAUGCAUGGAUGAUGGAGCCUUGGGGCGUACGGACGUGGAGAAAAUGAAGAAUCUGGAGAGGGACACGUGUCCAGGUUUCAUAUCCGACGGUUCAAACAGGGUGGUGUGGGUGAACGAGGCAUACAAAAGGAUGGUGACGGGGACUCAACAAGACGGCGGAGGGCAGCCGCCAGAUGCGGUGGUGUCGCUGGUGAUGAAGGAAAGACUAUUACCGUAUACCCAGUACCUGUACCGGGCCUUUUCAUGCCACGUUGGAGUGCAAUAUACGUGGCGGAAGGACAAGUACACGAAGAUGGUUCCGUGCGAUGUGUGGAGAAUGGAUAGCGGCGGGUAUGCAUGGCGGCUGGAUGUAAAAGCAGCUCUGAGUUUGGGCAUCUAAAAACAGAGAAACAGCGUACGCAUCAAUGGUGAUUAAUGUUUCGAUAAAUCCAGGUAAGCUUCCAAGAUAGUUUGCGUAACAAUAAUGAUCUCUAAAAAGGCAAGACUCUGUCUGUCGUCUGAAAAUCUGAAUUGCUCAUAAGUUUAAGGCCAAAUUUGUGGGUUAAUCUGUAGUAUUGGCAGAUAGAAAUAAAUUAAGGAAUGAAAAGCAAAAUACGAAGGAAGGUUGUGUAAUUAAAGGUAUAAAUUAAUUAAUUGAAAAUGGGGUUAUUUCAACACGCAAGGCCGCAAGGGUUUGAAGAAAAGACUGAAGGGGACACCGGACACAUUUUGCUGAGGAUUAUGUACCAAAGGCAAAGUUGUAUUGGUGGAAUAAUUAAGCACUUCUUAGCUAGUAUAAUAGGCAAUAUAGGGCACUUAAGAGUUGUGUGUGAAUGUUAGUUGGGUAGGGUGGGCGGCCGCAGAUGCAAAAUGUAUAUUAGUGCUUCUGAAAAGGAAACUAAGUAUGGUGGCGAUAAUUAAAGUUUGUGACUUUUGUGUACCUACCCUUGCGUAAACUCUUGUAAAAAAAAAUGUCUAAUGUGAAAAAAAUGAUGUUUUGAAA